AUGGUUGGCCUCCGCAGGCAUCAGAUGUGCAAGACCAAGAGCGCCACGGCCACCGCCGCCGCGCCGUCGUCCAUGGCCCGCUCCUCCGCCACCGCCCCGACGGCCACCGCCCACGGCCGCCGCUCGCCCCGCGCGAACACCAACGGCACCCACCCGACCUCCUACUCCACCUCCUCGGCGGCGCUCUCCACCUCCUCCUCCUCCGCGGCCUCCUCCCUGCAGGCCCUCAGGGACUCGCUCCCGGACCUGCCGCUCCUCCUCACCUUCGCCGAGCUCGCCGCCGCCACCAAGAACUUCUCCCCCGCGCACCGCCUCGCGCCGGGGUCGUCCAAUUCGUUUAGAUGCGCGCUCCGGGGCCACCCGGCCGCCGUCUUCCGCCGCGCGCUGCGGCGGGAUCCGGCCGAGGUGUCGUCCCGGCUCGCGGUCCUCGGCCACUGCCACCACGCCGCCAUCGCGCGGCUCUACGGCGCGGCCGCCUCCCCCGACGGCGCCCUCUUCCUCGCCUACGAGCUCGUCCCGGGCGCGGCGCCGCUCUCCUCGCUGCUCCGCGGCGCCAACAACCCGUCCUUCACGCCGCUCGCCUCAUGGCACUCCCGGCUCCGCCUCGCCGCCGACGCCUGCGACGCGCUCAGCUACGUGCACCUCCAGGCCGGGACCGUGCACAACCGCCUCUCCUCCUCCUCCGUCCUCGUGUGCGGCCAGGGCCCGCUCCUCCGGGCCAAGCUCGCGCACUUCGGGUCCGCGGACCUCGCCGGGGAGCUCCCGGACGACGAAUCCGGCGACAAGGAGGCGAGGCACCGGCGGACGGGCAGCCGCGGGAGGCGGAUCGAGGGCACGCGCGGGUACAUGGCGCCGGAGCUGACCGCGGGCGGGUCGCCGACGCGGCGGUCGGACGUGUUCGCGCUGGGCGUGCUGCUGCUGGAGCUGGUGUCCGGGCAGGAGCCGGUGCGGUACGAGUUCAACAAGGCGACCGGGGACUACGAGCGCACCUCGCUGAUCGAGAGCGCCUCCGCCGCGUCGGCGUCCGGCGGCGGCGAGGGGAUGCGGCAGUGGGUGGACCGGCGGCUCAAGGACUCGUUCCCCGUCGAUGCGGCGGAGGCCCUCACCACUCUGGCGCUGCAGUGCGUGUCCAAGGACCCCGCGGCGCGGCCGGAGAUGUCGUGGGUGGCCGCCAAGGUGUCCAAGCUGUUCCUGGAGGCGCAGGACUGGGCCGACAAGUUCCGCAUCCCCACCGACAUCUCCAUCUCCAUGGCUCCCAGGUGA